AUGGCCUCACACCAUCUGGCUCAUCUCUGGCCUCAUCAAACACCACAUCGCAACAUCAACACCAUCUGGCCUCAUCAACACCCACCUCAUCAACACCAACUGGUCUCAUCAACACCAACUGGCAUAGCAUCAACACCACUUGGUCUCAUCAACAACCAACGGCCUGGCCCAUCAAACACCACCUGGCCUCAUCAACACCACCUGGCCUCAUCAACACCACCUGGCCUCAUCAACACCACCUGGCCUCAUCAACACCACCUGGCCUCAUCAACACCACCUGGCCUCAUCAACACCACCUGGCAACAACCCUGGCCUCAUCAACACACUGGCCUCAUCAACACCACCUGGCCUUAUCAACACACUCAUGGCCUCAUCAACCCACCUGGACAUCAACACCACCUGGCUCAUCAACACCACCUGGUCCAUCAACACCAACUGGCCACAUCAACACCCACCUGGCUCAUCAACACCACCUGGCCGAAUCAACACCACCUGGCCGAAUCAACAUCACCUGGCCGAAUCAAACCACCUGGCCGAAUCAACAUCAACUGGCCUCAUCAACACCACCUGGCCUCAUCAACACCAUCUGGUCUCCAACACAUCUGGCCUCAUCACAUCAACACCACUAGCAUCAACACCACCUGGUCUCAUCAAAACCACCUAGCCUCAUCAACACCACCUGGCCUUAUCAACACCACCUUGCCUCAUCAACACCAUCUGGUCUCAUCAACACCACUUGGCCUCAUCAGCACCUGGCCACAUCAACGCCACCUGGCCUCAUCAACGCCACCUGUCUCAUCAACACCAACUGGCCAUCAACACCACCUGGCCAUCAACACCACCUGGCCUCAUCAACACCACCUGUUCUCAUCAACGCCACCUGCCCUCAUUAACACCACCUGCCCUUAUCCACACCAACUGGCCUCAUCAACACCACCUAGCCACAUCAACACCACCUGGUCUCAUCAACACCACCCAACACCACUGCCCUCAUUAACACCACCUGGCCUCAUCACACCAAACUGGCCUCAUCAACACCACCUGGCCUCAACACCACCUGGCCUCAUCAACACCACCUGGCCUAUCAACACUGGCCUCAUCCGGCCUCACAAACACCAUCCGGGCCUCAUCAACACCACCUGGUCUCAUCAACACCACCUGGUCUCAUCCACCUGGCCUCAUCAACAACUGGCCUCAUCAACACCACCUGGCCUCAUCAACACCACCUGGCCUCAUCAACACCACCUGGCCUCACCAACACCAUCCGGCCUCACAAACACCAUCCGACCUCAUCAACACCACCUGGUCUCAUCAACACCACCUGGCCUCAACACCACCUGGCGAAUCAACACCACCUGGCCGAAUCAACACCACCUGGCCGAAUCAACACCACCUGGCCGAAUCAACACCACCUGGCCGAAUCACACCAAUCACACCACCUGGCCGAAUCAACACCACCUGGCCGAAUCAACACCACCUGGCCGAAUCAACACCACCUGGCCGAAUCAACACCACUGGCCGAAUCAACACCACCUGGCCGAAUCAACACCCCUGGCCGAAUCACUACCAUCUAAUCUCACCUGA